AGCCUCGACUGUCGACAGAAUCAAUUCAACCAUCCACCUGAUUUAAAACGAGCUUCAAACUCCUUCGUGUCAAAGUCACUCCCCAAACUUUGUACGGUCGAAUUUCGUCUUCCUCUCUGUUUCUUGUCCAAGAAUUUGUUCUUGUUAUCGUCCCACUUCGUUCUAUGCACGAUUGUUGCUCUUGCGCUUUCUCUACGUUUUAACUCGUGAGUAGCUGAACGAAUAUGUCGGAUUUGCUGCAUUCUUGUUUUUGUGCCGAAAUUAACUCAAACUGAGCCCAAUUCGGCUAUGUAUGGCUUAGCUGAUUCGAUUCGCGAACUUAUUGUCGGUGGAUCACAAGGUCGAUUGAGAUAUCUGGAUAGAUUUUGGUUGGCAAUUAUCGUUGGGGCAUGAGAUGUGAGUGAUUCCUGGCUUAAUAAUAUGCCAUUGAUUCAACGGAAAGGUGCUUCGGUGACUGACAGUGCGGGGAUUGGGAUUUUAGCUUUUGAAGUUGCAAGCUUGAUGUCUAAGUUGGUCAAUUUAUGGCAUUAUUUGAAUGAUAAGGAGUUUGAUAGGAUGAUGAGGGAAGAGAUUCUGAACUCAAUUGGGAUUCAAAGGCUAGUAGCUAAUGAUAAUGAGUAUCUUAUGGAUCUUGUGUUGGAUGAGAUAAUUGAGAAUUUUGGAAUUGUAGCACAGUCCGUGGCCAGGAUUGCCAGUAAGUGUACUGAUCCUAUAUAUCAUCGUUUUGAACAUUUCAUCUCUGACCCAAUCCGCAAAGGUUCUGAAUGGUUAGGUUGGGAGUAUAGAUUAAAGAAAAUGGAGAAAAAAGUGAAAAAGAUGAAGAGAUUUGUCACGAUGACAUUCCAAUUGUCUCAAGAGCUAGAAGUGCUGGUAGAGCUUGAGCAAACUUUUAGAAGAAUGGAGGCUGAUUCUGCAAUAGAACGGGUAAAGUUACUGGAGUUUCAGAAGAAGGUAAUGUGGCAGCGUCAAGAAGUUAAGUAUCUACAAGAGAUGUCCCUUUGGGGUAGAACACAUGAUUAUAUUGUGCGACUUCUGGCAAGAUCAUUAUUCACGAUACUUGAGAGAAUAAAACAUGUCUUUGAAGCUGACAAGGUGGCAGCUAUAGAGAGAAACAAUGACUCCAAACAUUUAAAUACCAUUCAUUUAUCUCGAAGCUAUUCCUCUUCUGCUCAUACACAAGUGUAUUCUUCAGAAAUUAGUCUAUGUGGGUUGGCACCAGGACACGUGGGGAGGAAAACUUCCAAGCUGGAACAAACUACUGAUGGGAAUACAGUGAACUACAAGCAGAGCCGGGCUCAGCAUGAUCUAAAUGGGAAGUAUCAGCAUUUGAAAACAAAAAAUUUCCCGAAUGCUGGACCAUUCAAGGGUUGCAUGACAGCUGGAAGUGAUUCUCCUAUCUUGCAGAGCUGCAAGCCAACAGGUGGUGGUUCGAUGAGGUUCACUCAUGUUCACCUAAAAAAUGUUAGCAAAUAUGGAAAGCUGAAUGGGGAAGCCCUUUCUUGCAGUGACAAAGUGCAUUUAAAAUUACUGCUUUUCAGUUCCAAGCGUGUGUUGUCAAGUGCACCUCCAUCUACUCUCGGUGAUGCUGCUUUAGCUCUCCACUAUGCAAAUGUGAUUAUAUUGAUUGAGAAGCUAACCUCAUCAUCUCACAUGAUUGGCCUUGACGCUCGGGAUGAUCUGUACAAUAUGUUGCCCACUUCCAUCAGAACUUCCUUGCGUUCUAGGCUAAAGUCAUAUGCCAAAUCAUUAGCUUCUUCUUCUUCAUAUGAUUCAUCCCUUGCAGCAGAAUGGAGUUUGGCACUUGCGCAGAUAUUAGAGUGGCUUGUUCCACUGGCUCACAACACGAUAAAGUGGCAUUCUGAACGAAAUUUUGAGAAGGAGCAUGCAGCUUCUCGGACAAAUGUGCUUUUGGUGCAGACCCUCCACUAUGCAAAUCAAGCAAAAACUGAGGCCACAAUCACAGAACUUUUGUUGGGUUUGAAUUACAUUUACAGGAUCAGAAGAGAGCUUAAUGACAGAGUAGAAACUGCUGUUAGCGAAGCUCCUGAACGUGGUGCAAAGAAAGAACAUUGUUGAGUGUUGACACCUCUCUCAACAGGCUUAUUGGGCUAAAUGUUAUCAAUUUUAUGAAAUGUUGCUCCAAUCAGGAUGGUCGUAUGGUGCUUACAUGAAGCUACAGCUUGAUACUCAAAAACAAAGAGGUUUUUUUUGUUUGUCUGGGGUCGCAUAUUCUUUUAUUGGUUAGAUAGUGAAUCGGGGGGUUCCAUGGCCUUUCAACUUGCAAAGCAUACUUUGUAUGUUAAUGUGAAGCUCACUCUGUGCUAAUGGAAGGCAAAUGAUUGUUAAUAAUUUGCCGAUUAUUGAUGGUGGUGGUUUCUACCUUGUUCUGUCA